AUAAUUAUAUUGUUUGCAAUCUAUAUGAAAAAGAUUCGUACAAAUAUACAAUGUAAAAAAAAACAAUCCAUAUAGAUAAUAAUUUUGAAAUUUAUCACAAUUGGAAAAUUGAUCGACCGAUGUUACAAUCGAUCCACCACGUCGCUCUAUCGUCGUUACCGAUUCGCGAGAUCUCACGCGGACGUCACGAGCGGAAGAGAGAGAGAGAGAGAGAGAGAGAGAGAGAGAGAGGAGAGGCGCGUUACCGGCGAAGGUCACAUCUCGUUCAAGUGACGCGACGUAUACAUAUAUACGGGGAUCGAUCUCGCGCCCGCGCGCGACGUUUCGGAGCUCGGAGCGGUGCGAAGAUCAUCAGCGCCGUGAUAUGUACCUUACGGUCAUACGCGAUACGCGUUCGCCAGUGUUCCCGUCGGGUCCGAUCGAUCCACGUUCGCCGACGUUCCGGCUACGUACCGGCCGCGGAUCGCAUUAUCGAGCUUUAUCCCUCGCGCGACGCGUGACCCAUGGCUCGAUGAAGCGCGGGGCGCGGUGCGACUUGACACGCACGCUUUCCUCGUGCCCUCCUCUUCUGCCCCCUCCCUCUCUCUCUCUCUCGCUCCGUUCCACUUUCCACUCCGCUUUGCUUUUUCAUGGGCUUUUCUGGAUUCCCGCGGGUAGGGCGCGGAUGUACACGAGCGCGAGCGCAUACGGGUGCAGGGCACUGUAGGGCAGGGCGCGCGCCGGGGAGUCCGGGGACACGGAGCGGAGCGAAGCGCGGUGACUGGUGAGGGACGGUGAGGCGUUCAGCGGGGACAGAACGGGAUAAAGCGGGCCGAGAACCGAGCUGAGGUGCGCGCGCGCGAGCGCGCGUGCGACGUCGCGCGGCGCGAGCGAGUGAGGGCUGGUGUGUUGCUGAGUUGCUGAGACGGUGAGACCGCGACCGCUGAGAGGCGAGCGGCAAGGCAAGCGCGAGCCAGCCGAGCAGCGACGCGCGCGAGAGAGAAGUUAGCGGAGCGAGCGUGGCGAGGCCGAGGGCCCCGGAGUGCUGCGCGGGCAUGGAGACCCUCGAAUCGAGCCGCGUGUGCCGCCUCUGCGGCCAGCACUCGGGCAUCUCGAUCAACAUCUUCGACGAGAGCGAGAAUCACGUCCGGAAAAUCAACGCCGUGCUACCCAUCAUGGUGCACGAGAUGGAUCUACUGCCGAAACAGAUGUGCCACCGGUGCAGCUACAAGUUGGAGGAAUUCCACAAGUUCUACGUAGACUGCCUGAAGACGGACGCGGCGCUGAAGAGUCAGCUGUCGUGGAUGCGGAAGGGUGGCGGUAAGGAGAAGAUUGGCGUGCCGAUGGUGCACAUCGAGAACGUGAAGAUCAAAGCGGAGCCGCUCGACUACGACGUGUACGAGCUGGAACCGCUGGUGGAGAACAUCGACUACAUCAACUCGAUGAACUCGGUGGCGUACCCGACCGGCGGCAUCCACGACGGAUUGACAUACGCGGCGUUCUCGCGCUAUCGAUGCUGCUGUGAUAAGAAGGACCAAAGCAGAUCGACGAGAACCACAGCGGGGCUCUGUCAGAAUUACGAGGGACAGAUGCCUAGAUGCGGCAGAAUCGCGGACGUCUCGCGGAAGAGGACUCUCGAGGACACCACCGCGCGGUUAAAACCGUUCAAGCGAAAUCUCUUCACGCAGUCGGUGUUCCCGGAUUGCCCGCAGAAUCGUCCGCCGCGCGUCGAGAACGCCGUCGGGAACGCGCGAGAUAAUCUGGCCACAGACACGAGUACCAAAGAUGACGUAGCUUCUCCGGAAACGCGGAAUCAUUUUCACGGUAGACUCGAAACGUUUCCUGAGAGCCGGGCGCUUGCCAAGAGCACAAUAGUGCGGAAUCUGAGACCCAGGAAAAAUCUGGUAAACUAUGCAUCGAAUAAAAAGAGAAUGUCGAGUGUCAAUCCGGGACCAUCCGCGUUAAGCAAGUCGAACGUUUCCGACACGAAGACGACGUCCACCUCAAACCUCGAGCCGACACGGCAGAUCAAGGUGGAGCUGACGGACGAACCCAAAGGGCGCAACUUAAGGCCGAGAAGGAGUGUCGUAGACUACCAAGAGCCAAAGAUGAAGAGAAAAGUUUCGGAGCAUCGCACGAAGAAACGCAAGAUGGACGAGCAGAGCUCGAAACUGUAUUCAAACAACAAGAGUGCAUCGGACACUCCAAACUUGAAAGUAAAACAGGAGGUUCUAGACGAUUUGGAGGCUAUGGUGCUCAGUAAAACGACCAAUGCGACAGCGGCACCUCGAUUACCGAGCAAACUCGUCGCGUUACCCGCGAAUGUUGAAGCAACGACGAACAACGGUGACGUCAGUCAGCGAGAUUAUCUCAAGUCGCAAUUUCGAGGUCAGUUCCAGCUGGCCGAGCGAAAGUCGCUCCCCAACAUUGUGAAGAACGGCUUGGUGAAGACGAAGAAGACGUGUCGGUUUCCCGCGGCGAACUACUCGCCGAAGUGCCUGAGAAGUCAGGACGCUUGCUUGAGGAACGGUAAGACGAGAAGGAGCGAUUUUAUGGAGUGGUCGGUGAAGAGGCUGCAAGCGAGAAAGCUGAUGGACACGAUUAACAAAGGUACGAAGAAGUCACCGAUGCUAAAGCUAUCCGAGAACAUCAAGCACUAUUGCGAGUCGUGCAAUGUCAGUUUUAUGACUAAGGAAUUGUUCAGAUUGCAUGCGUGCUACUACGAUUGAUCUUUCCCAAGAGACACCAAGUCCACGAACUGUCUGAAGAUCGUUCGAAAAAUUAAAAUGUCUUCUAGAUAUCUUUGUUGUCGUUCGGAGAACGACAUUAGGACACUUCUGACGAAGUAUGAAAGAUGUAUAAAGGAUUAAAAAAUCUUUGUGAUUGUAUGACAAUGUACAUUAUAGAUCUUUCAAUUUACUUCUGAUUUUUUCUUUUGAAUAUUUUUUUCUUGCUCAUAAAAUGAAAAGUGCUUUUGUUUAAGUUUAAACAUCUUAUAAGGAUAAUAAGAUGAUAGUUCAUAUAAAAUGUGCCUGUCCCUAAAAAUUUGACCAAAUUCUUAUACUUAUUUUUUUUCCGACAUUUUACAUUAGCUGAUUAUAUAUGCCUUUUUCUUUCUUUUUGGAAUCAAUUUUCUUGAUGAAAUCCAGAUAGAUCAUUUUAUUAAGAUUAUCAAGUGUAAGGGUAAAUGAGAAAUAGCUGCUAUUUCUCAUUUAAUAGCAGGUUUAAUAGCAAAUUCUUUAUGUACAUAAUGUACUUUAUUUAGAUUUAAUAUUAUCUGUUACUAUCUAUACUAUAUGAUUUAUAUUCAAUAAGCGAUAUAUAUGG